GGCAGAGACAUCUUCUUGCAAUGCCUGGAAUUGUACGCAUCCCGCAUGCUGGUCAAGAGGUCGCCAUGGCUUCUGCACAGGCAAAGCCCGAUCUCUACCUGAUAUCGAACGAGGAUGGAAUCUACGAGCAGGAUGUCCUCCGCAAUCCAGGAAGCGUACGACCAUGGCUAACCUACAUCGACUUCAAGAUGCGCAAUGGCACGAUUCACGAACAGGCCUUCGUCCAAGAGAGAGCAUGCAUACAAUUACCGCGGUCAUACAAGCUAUGGAAGAUGUACUUGGACUUCCGAGUCAAGCAUCUCAAGAAGAAAAAUCCUGUCAAGUACAAGGCCGAGUUCAACAAGGUGAACGCUCUGUUCGAAAGAGCUUUGAUCCUCCUGAACAAGAUGCCGGUCAUCUGGGAGAUGUACCUUACGUUCCUGCUGCGACAACCAUAUGUCACAAAGACUCGAAGGACGUUUGACCGGGCGUUGCGCGCUCUACCAGUUACACAGCAUAAUAGGAUCUGGAGACUCUACAAAUCCUUUGCGAAUUCUGCGGGAGGCGAGGCCGCUGUGAGGAUAUGGGCACGAUACGUGCAGAUACACCCGGAAGACAUGGAGGACUACAUCGAUCUGCUGGUCGAGGCCGGACACUACCUCGAAGCUGUGAAGCGAUACAUGCAGAUUUUGGACAACCCGAAAUUCCGCUCGAAACACAUCAAAAGCGAGUUUCAGCUUUGGAGCGAGAUGGUUGAGCUGAUGGUCACCAAAGCCCGCGACCUUGGAGACAGUUCGGUAUCCGGCUUCGAUCCCGACACCAUCAUUCGAAGCGGAAUAGAACGGUUUGCCGACCAACGUGGAAAGCUGUGGGCGGGACUGGCAACCUACUGGAUAACCCGAGGCGACUUUGAGAAGGCCAGAGAUGUAUUCGAGGAAGGCAUCAUGACAGUAAUGACUGUGCGCGACUUCACAAUGAUCUUCGAUGCUUACGUCGAGUUUGAAGAAUCAAUCCUCCAAAGUCUGAUGGAUGCGGCAUCUGGCCGUGCUGCAAAAGGCGUUGUCGACGCCAACAAAGACAUUGAUCUGGAUAUGAGAAUGAUGCGCUUCGAGCAUCUGAUGGACAGGCGACCCUUCUUGGUCAACGAUGUUCUGUUACGGCAGAAUCCCAAUAAUGUCAUCGAGUGGGAGAAACGGGUUGCACUCUGGAGUGACAACAAGGAGGAAGUCGUGCAGACAUACACAGACGCCAUUGCAGCGAUUUCACCGAAGAGAGCCAUCGGCAAGUUCCACGAACUGUGGCUGAACUACGCCAAAUUCUACGAAGAGGCAGCCGACCUCGACACAGCACGGAUCAUUCUCGACAAGGCGGUCAAAGUUCCAUACAAAUCUGUAGCCGAACUGGCAGACACCUGGGUGGGCUGGGCGGAGAUGGAGUUACGAAACGAGAACUUCGACGGAGCGAUGAAAGUCAUGGCGACAGCCACGAAAGCCCCCAAACGCAGUACGAUCGACUACUUUGACGAAACGCUGUCACCGCAACAACGAGUACACAAGUCCUGGAAAGUAUGGUCAUUCUACGUCGACCUCGUCGAGUCUGUUGGGUCAAUGGACGAGACUCGCGCCGUUUACGACCGCAUCUUCGAGUUACGUAUCGCCACACCCCAGACAGUCGUCAACUAUGCAAACCUGCUCGAAGAAAACGGAUAUUUUGAGGAAUCAUUCAAAGUGUACGAACGUGGUCUCGACGUCUUCACGUAUCCCGUCGCAUUCGAGCUAUGGAAUCUGUAUCUUACGAAAGCGGUACAACGCAAAAUCAGCAUCGAGCGACUGCGCGAUCUGUUCGAGCAGGCGGUGGAAAACUGCCCGGCUCAAUUCGCCAAGGCUAUCUAUCUCAUGUACGGCAACCUGGAAGAAGAGCGCGGUCUCGCAAGGUCAGCCAUGCGCGUGUACGAGCGCUCCACACGCGCCGUGGCCGACGACGACCGUCUAGGCAUGUUCGACUUCUACAUCACCAAGUCCGCGACGAAUUUUGGCUUGACCUCCACACGGCCUAUAUACGAACGUGCGAUUGCUGCACUACCUGACAAAGAAGCCAAAACUAUGUGUCUCAAGUUCGCCGAGAUGGAGCGCCGACUAGGUGAGAUCGACCGCGCCCGCGCCAUCUACGGGCACGGUAGUCAAUUUGCGGACCCGAGAGUCGAGAAGGACUUCUGGGAUACCUGGGAGAAAUUCGAGGUCGCGCACGGUAAUGAGGAUACAUUCAAGGAGAUGUUGCGGAUUCGACGGAGUGUGGCGGCGCAGUUCAAUACGGAUGUGCAGUUCAUCGCGAGCCAGGCUGUUAAACGGGCGGCGGGUGCGAUGGAAGUUAAUGGCGAUGAGGAUGUGGCUGGUGGUGAUGCUAUGGCUGCGUUGGAACGCCAGGCUCGUGCGCCAGUGGGCUUUGUCGCAGCGAGUUCGGGGCCUGAAGGCGGGAAUAGGCCGAAACCUGUGGACGUGGAAAAGGCUGGACAGCCACAGCAGGUCGCGGCAAAUCCGGAUGCGAUUGAGGUGGAUAUCGAUGAUGACUGAAUGUUCUAUGUGUUGAGAGUUAGUUGAUCAUAGAGAGGCUGAUGAAUCAAAUACCCAGUCGAAGCGAUCUCGGCUUUGAAAUGAAGAUAUCACGACUCA